CCAGUGCGCAGCGUCCCCGUGCAGUCCUGGCGACCUGUCACCGAGGACGACGUGACUCGGAGCUUCCUCCGCUUUCUCCAAGCCCUAUUCCUUUAAGAUGAUGUAAUAGUCAUUUCCCUGGAUGGUAUCUUGCCUGCACUGCUGAAACAACAGCAUCCGAACUGCACUGGGAACUGUGGAACCACCCAGCUCCGCCGCCAGCCGGAGAAGCCCGAGCUUGAGCCCCCCGCGGCCCCUCAGCGCUGCGGCGGCCGGGCCGAGCGGCUCGCGGCGGUUCCCAGCGCCUCCCACCUGCCUGCGAACAUGGGAGUCCCUUUGCCCUUGCCUGGCAGGUGGGGUGGCUACCUGGGACCCCAGCAAGGCAUAUCUGUCUUUCUGUUUCUGGGCUUUCUGAAAGGCUUCUAAGUCCCAGUACCUUUUGCAACUCUUCUUUUGUUUUAAGGAUUCUUUCUAAAGGUUCUCCCCCCCCUUCCCCCCCCCCCCCCACUGGAGAAGCUUUGUCUGGAUAUUUUUCUCUGCCUCGCUUCUUCAACCCAACCACCUCUCAUCACGCUUUAACUUUUUUGUGACUUGUUUCAACUUGGGAUUGGGAGUGAAUACAUACCUAUAUACAUACAUACAGAUAUACAUUUAUAUAAAUAUUUAUAUAUAUAUAAAUAUAUUAUUUUCUAAGAGCACAUCUCUCCUGCACUUUUCAUUGAUACCUCUAUCCUUUACCUCUUCGGGAUUUGACAAGCUCCAGAUGGUGGCUGUGGAUUCUGACUGCUUUGCAAAUGGGUAUUUCUUCACAGGAGCUGGGUUUUCAGCACUAAGGUAAGUUCUGAGACUUCUUGCUUUUCCUGAUCAGCAGGGAGGAAAAAUCCCCUUUUAGAAGUUGAAAAUCUUGUAUCCCUUUUUAAGGCAGAAAUACAAAUAGAAAGAUUUUUAAUGAUGAUUGCUGGGGACAGAGGCAUAUGAAUAAACAUGUAGACACAAAAUAGCUUGUGAGAAGCCAUGAUUUAGUUGAAUGGCUGAAAUCAGUAGUUCCAGGGCUGCUUAUGUCAAAUAAUCUCUCCCUCCCUCCCUCCCUUCCUCCCUCCCUUAUUCCCUUCCUCCCUCUCCCUCCCUCUCCUCUCUCCAGCGGUGUCUCUUUUUCUGACUCAUGCUGGGUUUGAGGAAAUAAUUUUCUCUCUUUUCCUUCAGACGGACCUCUGAGUAACUGGGGACUUGGCCUGCCUUGCCUACUGAGCUUGGGGCAGAUGCUCCACAUCUGAGCUUGGGGCAGAUCGGAUGGAGAUGAGUUGAUUAUAUUCUAUGAAGUAAUAGCUCACCACCAGCCAGGGUUUAAACUACUUUUGCAGCAUCACUUCACCUGUGGACUCUUCUAAAUUUUGCUUGCUUGGGGAAAAAACUGGGGUAAGAGAGAAGGUCAUUUUUAAGAAGUUAACAUCCUUCUCCCUCUUUGACAAGUUGAUGCAAAGGAUAAGGCUGUGACUCCAUUGGAUUGCGCCUUCAAAUCAAAAUAGGAGAAGCAAAAGAAGACAGGGACAAUGGCUUUGAGUGGAAACUGUAGUCGUUAUUAUCCUCGAGAACAAGGGGCUGCAGUUCCCAACUCCUUCCCUGAGGUCGUGGAGCUGAAUGUUGGCGGUCAAGUUUAUUUCACCCGCCAUUCCACAUUAAUAAGCAUCCCUCAUUCCUUCCUGUGGAAAAUGUUUUCCCCAAAGAGAGACACGGCUAACGAUCUAGCCAAGGACUCCAAAGGAAGGUUUUUCAUUGACAGAGAUGGAUUCUUGUUCCGUUAUAUUCUGGACUAUCUCAGGGACAGGCAGGUGGUCCUGCCUGAUCACUUUCCAGAAAGGGGAAGACUGAAAAGGGAAGCUGAGUAUUUCCAGCUCCCAGACUUGGUCAAACUCCUGACCCCUGAUGAGAUCAAGCAAAGCCCGGACGAAUUCUGCCAUAGUGACUUUGAAGAUGCCUCCCAAGGAAGCGACACGAGAAUCUGCCCUCCUUCCUCAGUGCUCCCUGCAGACCGCAAGUGGGGCUUCAUUACUGUGGGCUACAGGGGGUCCUGCACCAUGGGCAGAGAGGGGCAGGCAGAUGCCAAGUUUCGUAGAGUUCCUCGGAUUUUGGUUUGUGGAAGGAUUUCUUUGGCAAAAGAAGUCUUUGGAGAAACUUUGAAUGAGAGCAGAGACCCUGACCGAGCCCCAGAAAGAUACACCUCCAGAUUUUAUCUCAAAUUCAAGCAUCUGGAAAGGGCUUUUGAUAUGUUGUCAGAGUGUGGAUUCCACAUGGUGGCCUGUAACUCCUCAGUGACAGCAUCUUUUGUCAACCAAUAUACAGAUGACAAGAUCUGGUCAAGCUACACUGAGUAUGUCUUCUACCGUGAGCCUUCCAGGUGGUCAUCCUCACACUGCCACUGCUGCUGCAAGAGCACCGCAGGCGACAAAGAAGGGGAGAGUGGCACGUCUUGCAACGACCUCUCCACCUCUAGCUGCGACAGCCAGUCUGAGGCCAGCUCUCCGCAGGAGACGGUCAUCUGUGGGCCCGUGACACGCCAGACCAACAUCCAGACUCUGGACCGUCCCAUCAAGAAGGGCCCCGUGCAGCUGAUCCAGCAGUCGGAGAUGCGGCGGAAAAGCGAUCUGCUCCGGACUCUGACUUCGGGCUCCAGGGAGUCGAACAUGAGCAGCAAAAAAAAAGCUGUUAAGGAAAAGCUCUCCAUUGAGGAAGAGCUGGAGAAAUGCAUCCAGGAUUUCCUAAAGAUCAAAAUCCCAGAUCGGUUCCCCGAGAGAAAACAUCCUUGGCAGUCUGAACUUUUACGGAAGUAUCAUCUAUAGGGGAGGGGUGGGGGGCGGGGCAAUGGGAGAAGAAAGAAAUCAUGUCACCAUUUGGAAAUAAACCUCCUAGCGAAAUUCACAUUUGAAAGAAAAGUAACAACUAACAAUACGUUUGUGAGAACACAGUAGCCCAUCGAUACACUACUGCCUAUUUACCUAGUUCACCUUAACAUUUAAAUCCACAGGGUAGAUCUCUUUCCAGAUGUGGAAUUAUAAGAAAAUCUCUUUUUGGUUACUUGUUUGUUUGUUCACUGGGUCCCAUGUGCUGAGCAUCUUAGUAUAAGGAGAGCCAGCUACAGUGGAGUAGCUGAGAGGCCUUGGGAGUGUUCUCUCCCCAACUGGGUUUUUCUCUCAUCUUCUCCCUCCCUCCUUUGAAUGAGAGCAUGGUAGAAAGAGAUCUGGCCCAAUGGCAUAGGUUUGGGUUUUUUUAAUUUUCCUUUUCCUUUUUGUUUAUGGGGUGGGGGGGAAUGGCAGAUUUAUAUGACUUUUCACUCAAAUCUAUUAUGUGCCAGUUUAUAUUGAUGACAUACGCAUGAGUAUUUGUGCAAACACAAGCACAACGAUGUAUGUACAUACACACAGUGCACACGUCCCCAGGGCCGGGGCAUCCUAAGGGGAUCACCCCUGCUCCCAGCAGCAACCUCUUAGACUCCUUCAGACAGAGGAGUCUCAGCUCCUUUCUUAAAACCCUUCUGGGAAGAUUUCCCAGCCUCUCUUGGCAACACUUUAUACCAUCAGGUAACCCUCAUCGUCAACAAAUUGUCUUCCUUAUUUUGGAAUGAACACCCUCAGGCUCCAUAGUACGGUUUUGCUCUUUCUCUGCACUAGGAGAGGGUGAGAAGAGCUAGUAAAACAUUCUUUGUAUUAAAGAAACAGACAUUCCGAGCCGCAAAAAUUCUCCCUGACCCCACACUCAGCCUUCCCCACCCUGAGCUGAGUUACCUUCCUUCUCUCAAUGUUUCCAGAGUCCUUCCUGCCCACGUUUUAAUGGCGUGGGCUUUUCAUGUAAUCUGCAUUCAGUUCUCUGCGUCCCUAUAUGGCUGUGGAAGUAAGAAUAACACACAGGACUUGAAUAGGGGUCCAGCCUUUUGUUUUGUUUCUUUAAGAAGCACUUGUAUUCCACACUCUACCUGAUUUCUCAUAGCCUUUUCAAACUACAGUGCUACAUUGUUACUUCUGGUAGCUGGUCUUGUCUUUAGUAUUCUGGGAUUUGGCUGUGUCUGUACUAUGAUGUGGCUGUCACUUCCUUGAUAUGAAUGCACAACCCAACUGGAUAACGAGAGCUUGAAAAUGAAGGUUUUGGCUUUCUAAGCUAUCUUUCUUGAGUCCAUCUUUGGCCUGUAGAGACACAGCCAAAAAGAAAUUGUUAAUAGCCAUCUAUCCAUAUGGUUCUGUAUUCCAUAAAUGUACUAAUAGGUCUUUCAUAGGCUUGUGGUAAAUGAGGAUGAAAAGACCAGUUUUUAUUUUCAGCAUUCCUCAUGCAUUUCAGUGGGAACUUAAACAAUAAUUUGUCAAUCAUUGUUUGUGUGCCAAGCACUCCUAUUUUUAUUUUUUAUUGUGUGUGUGUGUAUGUGUAUAUGUAUCACAGGUAAUAAAGGCAACUGGAUGAUGUCUGUAGGAGGGAAAAGUAA